AGCAGGUCUGAAUUGCAAAAAAAACUACGAACAUGAAACAUAUUUCUUCAUUCUGGGCAUCGCUAUUCGUUGUUUUACUCUGUCAUGCAAGUACGUUAGCCGGUAAAAAAGGAAGACAUCCAUUCAACAAACAUGUAUCGAAAAGGCAACAGGUCGUUCAACCAGUAGCUGGUGGUGGCCUUCUUCUACAAGCAAGUCCUUUAACGGCAGCAACAAGASAAAAUGAUAGUCCAACUGACAAAAAUGAAUGCGAUGAAGCAAUGGACCUUCUAUUGGUCUUUGACGCGUCACAUUCGAUUACUCCAAUUGGUUUUGCGCUUAUGAAACACAGAGCUCUUGACUUGGUAAACCAACUUCGAAUCUCUCCUGAUGGAACCCAUGUCGCCGUGCUWAAAUACAGUACUACCAUUUCCACKUUCUUCAUGUUUGAAGAGAACGCUGUGAAGGAUAAAACGCGAAGACAAAUUAAUGCUUUGACGUUUGAUAACGGCUGGUCGCGUCUUGAUCUGGCAUUGCAGGGUGUGGUUGAUCACGUUUUCCAUCCAGCAGCAGGAGCAAGAGAGAAUGUCCCUAAAGUAGUGGUGGUGUUUACUGACGGAAAAGUAGUUGGUCCAAGAGAACCAGAUCGAAUUGUGGACUGGAGAAAACUAUUGGCCCAUCCAGUAGACCUACUGCGCAAUCAGAAUGUAAUUUUAUUUGCUGUUUCGCUGGAAGAAAACCCUGAUCGCAACGACUUUGUCAAUCUAGACCUCAUUGCAGGAGACAGAGCUCGAGUAUUCACCCUCGCUAAAUUGAAUAGUUUGGUAGAAAGCCUUAAGCGCACAGCCAAACCAGUUUGUCCGGCUUCAUCAUCGCCUUCCUCAUCCAUGCCACAACCUACACCCUCCCUUACAAUAUCUCCUACAUUGUCGGCGAAUGAAACAAGCUCAACACAAGCAGCAUCUUCUUCAGCAUCUGUCCCCWCUUCGGGAAUCUGCCCUUCAAUGACAUCAACAUGCAAACCAACGUCRACAUGUUAUCCUGUUGGUGUAACACCAUGUGUUCAUGUAUACCUCGUCAAAGUUUGCAAUACUUUCAUUAAUACACAAUGUAAAGCAUCACCAACCUCACCACCAACACCAACUACACGUGUAAUACCGACAAGUACACCUCCUGCAACUGCUACUCCACCGAGACCAGUUUGUGCACCUGGAAUGCUUUGUCCACCAGUACAGGAACCCAUUCAAAAUGCCUCUCCACCUCUUGUUAAAGAGCCGUGCCCAUUUCCACCAGGGCCUGUCCAAAAUGUGUCACCACCUCGUGGUAAAGAGCCAUGUGUAUCUCCUCCAGUUGUUGAACCACCACCACCAAUGCCGAACGUUACAUCACCAUGUCCGCYCGAACAGUGCCCUCCUUCUGCAGCACAAGGCCAAGGACAAGUACCAACACAAGGGCAAACUCAAGCUCUCCCACCGCAGAGCCAAGCACCACUACAAGCACAAGGUCAGCCCCAAGCACCAGUACAAGCACCAGCGCAGGCACCAGCACCAAUGCAAGCACCAUCACCAGUACAAGCACCAAUGCAAGCACCAUCACCAGUACAAGCACCAGUACAAGCACCAUCACCAGUACAAGAACCAUCACCAGUACAAGCACCAAUGCAAGCACCAGCACCAGCACCAACCCAGGCCCAGUCUCCAUCACCUGCACAAGGUCCAACUUCACCUUGCCYGGAUACAAACGUCUCGCCUCCAGAUGCCUGCUUACCAAGUGCUCCAACACCAGCACAAUAUCCGCCACCAGCUUCACCGAACGAGUAUCCAACACCAGCCCAAGUUCCAUAUGAAGUACCAUCACCAGCCCAAGUUCCAACGCCUUCACCUUACCCAGUMCCCGCACCUCUCCCAGUUCCGGAACCARCACAAGCACCCCCACCCGAACCAGUACCAGCACCAGUACAAGCUCCAGAGCCUUCCCAAGCACCACCGCCUGUGCAACAGUGAUACUUCCAAGCCUAAACAUAAACUUAUCUUAUGGGCAAUCCUAAUGGUUAUCUAUAGUUAUAARUCAUCUUUAUUUCACAAAGAUAAAUAGUGCGAUGAAAUAAAUACUUUGUAGCAACAUACAAGAUUCAGAAAAUAAACCAGUUAUAGGAUGGUAGUUUAUUUGAUCAUUGAUUUUCUUAAAUUAAAGUAUAGCAUAAAUUAAAUGUGUAGUAACCGUAGCCUGAUAAUGAACGAUAUACAUUUUAUAUUCAGCAGCUUUUAAAUCUUUUCAAAAAUAAACUAUUUGCA